UCGAGCGGAGCGGAGCGAUACAUCGAACCCAAAGCGUGGCGAGGAAGUGAACCUGCGAGGGUACAAUGGUGCAUAGAUAAUACGAAAUAACCUCGAACUAACGGAGAAUGGAUACAACAUUAACGUGUUGUAAGGGCGGAAGUUCUCUACUGCCCUCGUGCUGUCACUUCCAGGUCCUUUCCAGGAAGGGAACAUAGACACAAUCAUGAUCAUAUGGAAGCCGCAGCACAGCCACAAGCUCCGGGAGUCACUGCCGAGCUGAUAAAGUAGUCUGCUCUCUCCUCUGCAGUGUCCGAUUACAGGAACAAAGGGCACAGUAUUCAAUUUGAAGUCUCACAAUGAGAGCCUGAGUCCCUUCCCUGACCGGUCCACUGAGGAUGGACAAGGACAGGAGUCACGUGACUGAGGGGAUAUUAAACCUCACCCUGGAGAUCAUGUACCUGCUGACUGGAGAGGAUUAUAUUGUUGUGAGGUUAUCCGGUGAGCGUGUGACCCCCAGCAGCAGAGGUCCCCAUGGGUCAGGAGGAGGGAGCAGGACCCAGAGCCCCAUCACGGAGCCCCCACCUCACUCCCUGAUACACGAGAGAGACAGUGACCAGAAGAUCCUGGAACUCACCAACAAGAUCAUUCAGCUGCUGAGUGGAGAGGUUCCUAUAAGGUGUCAGGAUGUCACUGUCUAUCUUUCCAUGGAGGAGUGGGAGUAUGUAGAGGGACACAAGGAUCUGUACAAAGAAGUCAUGAUGGAGAAUCACCGGCCCCUCUCAUCACUGGAUUUACACAGAGAUACUGCAGCUGACCGUUCUUAUAAUCGUACUAAUAAGACAUCAGCCUUGUGUGAAGAAGGAAAUAUCUCUCACAAGUACAUUAGUACUCCCACAGAUCAUACACAGUAUACAGCUACUCAUAUUAAGGAGGAACCAGUCUCAUCUGACAGAGGAGACCUCACCCAGACUAACAUAUGUACACCCACAGGUCAAACACAGUAUACACCUACUCAUAUUAAGGAGGAAUUGGCCUCAUGUGAGAAUGGACAUCUCACGGACACUCCCUUUUAUACAGCGAUAGAAAAUAUACAAUGUACAUCUGUCCUUAUUAAGGAGGAAAAACUCUUGUGUGAAGAAGGAAACCUCACUGAUCACACACUAUACAUAUCUGAUAGUAUGAAGGAAGUCUCCUGUGAACCGAGAACUGUCACAAGCACUGACAUGUAUACACCCACCAAUCAGGUGCAGAAUACAGCUGCUUAUACUGUGAAGACCAUACACAAGGGACAGCAGACUAAACAAAAAGCGUUCAUGUGCUGUGAAUGCGGCAAAGGAUUUGACUGUAACACUAAGCUCAUCAUACAUCAGAGAACUCACACAGGGGAGAGGCCCUACUCCUGCUCCACAUGUGGGAAACGUUUCACCUGUAACUCCAAUCUUAAUAAACACCAGCGAAUUCACACCGGAGAGAAACCCUACUCCUGCUCCAUGUGCGGGAGAUGCUUCGCGAAUACCUCGGAUCUUGUUACACAUCGGAGGAUUCACACUGGAGAGAAGCCCUAUGCUUGCAGCGAAUGUGGGAAGUAUUUUCUUAGUAGCUCAAAUCUGGCUGCGCACAAGAGAAUUCACACUGGGGAAAAGCCGUAUAUCUGCGCUGAAUGCGGGAAAGGGUUCAUCCGCAGCUCUCAUCUGGUCUUACACCAGAGAAGUCACACUGGGGAGAAACCUUACUCUUGCCCCACAUGUGGGAAAUCUUUCACCAAUACCUCAGAUUUCGCAAAGCACCAGAGACUGCACUCUGAGGACAAACCGUGUCCUUGCACGGAGUGUGGGAAAUGUUUUAAAACUACCUCAGAUCUCGCUAGGCAUCAGCAAGUCCACACAGAAGAGAAACCCUACAGAUGUGUAACGUGUGGGAAAUGUUUUCUUAGAAAACAACAACUUCUCAAGCAUCAGGCAAUCCACAACGAAGAGAACCUUUAAGUGACGUCAUUAGCGGCAGACGAGGCAGAGCUGAUACCGGGAGCGAUGGUUGUGGGCUGUGUUUUGCUGUUUUGGUGGGAGGAUGAAACUACAGGUUCUGAGAAAGGGCACCAGAGUAUUUACAUAGUGGUGUUACCAGGAGCAUACACAUGACUUUUAUGGACACAUACAUACAUUACCCACGCGCUUGCCAGGCAGCAGUUGUAGGUUGAAAAUAUGGAUGAGGACUGGGCUCAUGUCAUUAGGCCCCUCCUCCCUCACAACAAAAUGCUAAAUUUCACGGGUCUAAUCGGGAGGGGAUGUGGAAAAAAUGAAGUGAUUCUAAUGGAAUGUUGCCAUAUUGGCCCUACCCAUUGUCCCACGAAUCAUGGCAUCUUUCAGUGAGGAGGUGGAGCCUAAUAAGUGUUUUUUUUCACAACAGCAGCAAGAAUAGGCAGACUGUUAAGGUUUUUUUUUGGGUACUCUGAAUGCCCCCCCUCUCCCCCCCCACCUGCUCCACUCAUUACCGGGAAACUUUUAUUAAUAUUAAAAUAGUAGUAUUUUUUGGAUCCCAUGUUGCGGGUGCUACAGAAUUGGCCCCAAUUCAGGGGCAUUGGUGUGGAGGAGGUAAAGAUAUCGGCGUUUGCCGACGACAUCCUCUUAUUUUUGUCGGAACCAAGGAGGGCCCUGGGACCGCUGAUGGAACGUGUCAGAGAAUUUGGGCAGGUAUCGGGGUUUGAGGCCAACUUUGAAAAGUCCACGGCCCUGUAUUUAAAACCAGGCUACGCAUGCCCGGCUUGGUUUCGGGAGGCCCCAGUUAGUUGGACAACUAAAGCAAUUACUUAUCUAGGGGUACAGAUCAAAAAAAAAUUGAACUUGUACAGUCUUAAUCUGAAGCAAAUUGUGCGCAGUAUGAGGGACGAUACAGAAUAUUGGAGACAUCUUAAAAUAUCAUAUUUGGGCAGAGUGAACUUGGUGAAAAUGAUUCUAUUUCCUAGACUUUUAUAUCCAUUGCAAUCCCUUCCUAUUUUAUUGUCUAGGAAUACUACGACAGAAAUUAAUAAAAUAAUGCGUACAUUCAUUUGGAACGGUAAGCGGGCACGAAUUAGUUUGGUGAAAUUGCAGCAGCAUAGACACAAUGGAGGUGUGAAUCUCCCCAAUGUAUCGGAAUAUAGUCAUGCCUCCCAUUUACGCUAUUUGAGAGAUUGGAUACACGGUGGAAAUAUGUACUCCAAUACGACCCUGGAGACUGCCUUCUUGGGUGGUGGUAGUAUUAUCUCUUUCCUGCAUCUACAUGAAGAAAAGAUACCCACUUCGGUUCGCGCGAAUCCACUACUGAUGUCCACUAGGAGAGUUUGGCACAUCUUACGGCGUAAAUGCUCCUUGAACCCACAUGUGUCCCUUUUCCUUCCCCUAGUACGCAAUACCCGUUUUCAGGACGGAAACGCGAGCCAUCCUUUCACUCUCUGGGAAAGGCAUGGCAUUACUUCCAUACAUCACUUCCUUCACAAACUCAUUAUGGAGCUCAAUAGAGGCCACUGGAGAGUCAUGAUCUUCUACAACUACAGGAGUGGACUGCGACAGCAGGAAGGUUUUGUCUGACUGUGAGCUGCUUUUGAGGUGGAAGCACCAUCCCGAACCACUGUGUUUAGUUUGCAGAAUUUCGUCAUGAGAGACGGUUCCUGGAAGGUGACGUGCGCUGCGACCGUCCUGUGUCCACCAUCACAUAGGACAAUGUUGCUGUCAUUCGGUCCAUAGUUGAGGUGGACAACAGAGUGACUGUGCUCCAGUUAGAGAAGGAGAUAGACUUCCCAUUGGGAUCUAUCUGCUUGAUACAAAAAGCAAAUGGUGGCUCUUUUUGUGGCCUAGACUAGUCAUGUAGCUACCGUAAGCUCCAUGCCGCAGCGCACUGUCACUGGGGACUGGUGUGCCAAUCAAAGCCUGACACAAGUUCUGGAAGCCAUUUCCAGGAUGCCCUUCUCCAUAACAACAAUGCACCUGUCCACAAGUGGUGGAUUUUCUGGUCCAUGAACGCAUCCAGGAGUUUGGUCAUCCGCCGUGUAGUCCUGACCUGGCCCCCGUGACAUCUUUGUUUUCCCACAAAUAAAGCGCAGGAUGUGUGGGAUUUGUUUUGAGUUCCCAGAAGCUGCUGUGGAGACCUUUAUCCAGCAUGUAGAAGACAUACCUGAUUAGAACUGGUCCAGCUGCUGCAGCAAGUGGUUUGAGCACAUGCAACUUUGCAUAGACUCCACAGGCGAAUACUUUGAAAAAUGUAAUGCUUUGUAAGUAUAAUACUGUUUGUGCAUCCGGAAACUUAUUGCACACCCCUCCAUAUUUACAAAAGUCGCAUAUUAAGUAUAAUGGUGCACAGUGGGAGAAAUAACUGUGUGACAGCUCAUCUCAAUGUGUUCUACACAGAUUUGCAACUUGGUAGGUAUCCAAUUAGCAGUGAAAAAUCAUGAAGUUUUCGCCAUUUUUCACAGAUAUUUGAUUAAUGGCUAUUCUAUUGGUCCUCGUGAAAAUACACAGGUUCAGUAAAACCUGUGUGUUUUGCAUUUGCAUCCCCCAAAAGCCAGCGCUUAUCUGGGAUUUUGAUUUGACCGCCUUAGGCAGGGCAAACAAAUUUAGAAGUAUGAGGAUCCAACUUGACUGCAUAGUAUCUCAUCUGGUCCACAUAGCUCCUGGUGGAUCUUUCAUACAGUAACGUGUUCACUCUGUGGGAAAAAAUGCAGAAGCGAAUAUACUACCUGAUUGGAUAAGCACAUCUCCUGGCCAAUCAUAUGCCUCCGCUCCGUUACACUUCCUGUCCUAGAUGAUUUUUAUUACAUGCUAGUGUCUUCUGAAUUUACCUCCUCUCUAUAUGUCCUGUCUCUGGGGGAGAUGUAUCAAGUCUUGGAGAGGGAAAAAGUGAGCUGGUUGCUGGUUUUUAGAAAUUGAGAUGUUGCCCAUAGCAACUAAUCAGAUUCUAGUUCUCUUCUAGAAGGUGCUAGAUAAAUAAGUAGAAUAUGGGCAAAAUCCACACUUCUAAAAAUAUGCACUUAAGUAAAUCUACCCCCACAUCUUGAUACAUUUCCCCCAUAGUGAUUUGUCAGCUGCUAAUCUCUACUAAAGUGAUAGGCUGGGAGAACUGAAGUGGGUGUAGUCCCUUCUUAUAGAGGUAAAAGGAGAUAAAACUACAGUAUUUUAUUUAUUUUUGCAUCUAAAUGUCAAAGUGAGUAACAAUCACCAAACAACAAGGAUUGGAAAUGUCCUAUAUGUUUCUCUUGUAAUAAAACAGGUUUACUUC